AUGACGUCACCUGGAAGUGACGUCAUUACGUUGGGCAUGUUGCCGGCCAACGCUCUAGCAAUCAGCCUGGAAACUCUGUGGUACCAUAACGUCCCAGGCAGGGACCGACUCUCCCCCGCUGUGCCAAGGGAACGAAUUCUGGCCACAAUACAAAUUGUUUACAAGCCGGUGGACCUCAGCCAUGUGACGUCUAAAUGUGGAUCCUUGGACAAUAUUCAUCAUAAACCAGGUGGUGGGCAGAUAGAAGUGAAAUCAGAGAAACUGGAAUUCAAAGAGAAGGUGCAGUCGAAAAUUGGGUCCCUCGAUAACAUCACCCAUGUUCCUGGAGGAGGAAAUAAAAAGAUUGAAAGCCACAAGCUGACCUUCCGCGAAAAUGCCAAAGCCAAGACCGACCACGGAGCUGAAAUUGUCUACAAGUCACCCACCAUUUCUGGAGAAGGUUCCCCGCGUCGCCUUAGCAACGUCUCCUCCACUGGAAGCAUCAACAUGGUGGACUCCCCGCAGCUGGCCACGUUGGCCGACGAAGUGUCUGCCUCUCUGGCCAAGCAGGGCUUGUGAUUGCGUUAAGCGGGCGGAGAGAAUAAGAAGAGAAGAAUCCAAUCUGGCCUUUCUUCCUCUGUUCCUUUGAUAUCUGCAUCUCCCGCCUCCCCCAGUCAUUCCUUACUUUUCCCCAUUGGCAGGCUGUUUCAACUUGCUCUCUCCUCUCCCCCCAGCCCCUUUCUCCAUUCACUCAUCUCUAGCCCCCGAGGACUUCAAAAUUAGCAGUUGGCUCGGAAACCACCAUCCACACGCUGUUUCCAGUUACCUGAGUCUAGACCAGGGCUCUCCGCUGAGCUCAUCGGAAAGUGGGCAGGGCCAUUGUAAGGCUGCGCUUGUGAUUGGCUGCUCUCUUUCCCAUGUUGGUGGGUCAGGAGUGGCAAGCAUCCCCUCUUCUAUUCCUCCUUCAGGCUCGCUUUCGUUUUGUCUCUCCCCACCCCCUUCCCUAUUCUUGGGUUUGCCUUUGUUUCUUCUGAUUCCCCUUUCCGCGUGGUUGUUUUGCAAAGCGAGGAGGGGAGGGCGUUGUGUUUGGCUGCAUCUCCGGCACCAGCUGCUUUUGGCUGACGCUCGCCACCCUUUCCACCCACCCCAAAGGUGCCCACAGGCUCAAAAGGGUCCGGGACCCCCUGGUCUACAGAAACAUCCUUUCCUCACUUGCCCCUAGCAAAGGAAGCUCCUGGGUACACUUGUGCUGCUUGAAAUGUGGCUCUUCGAUGGGAGGGUGGGUGUCUCCUUCUCGAGCUGUGUGGAGCAAAUGCCCCUCCGUGAAGACAGAAGAGAGCCCUUGGGCAGGAUGAUUACUUAGCUCCCUCCCCCCUAUUGCUUUAUGAUAAUAUAUUCCCAUGUUGUUGGUGGUGGGUGGUGGGGGGACUAUCGCUGUCAACCUUAUGCACAGUUUUUGUGUGUGUAACGUCACCUCCUGCUGGAAGACCCGAGGCCUUCUGUGUAACAUCGGCAGGUCCCUUCUGCGGAGGGGGGCUUCACGCACAGCGGGAAGGGAGCAAAGUUUCCAUGGAACUGCAUCAUUCAUUCCCUUUCUUACUUUGUCCCUUGGGGAGUUUCCCUCAUGCGAUUUGACUGCAUGUGCAUUAUCCUGGGUUAGGGCAAUACUGUAGUGUUGGGUUAAAAGGCACCUGCCUGCUGCUGCCCUCUCCAGCCCGAGCCGAAUUUUAGAGUCCUGAAAGCUGCUGGGUCCCUUCGGCUCGAUAGUUCACAGAUGGGAGUGUAUUAGGAGGCAGGAUGGACACACUUCGCUUGUCCCUCCCCCCAAAGCAAUGCUGUGAACAUGGGCCUGUUGCCUUUAGUUCUUACCCAGGACAGCCGUUUCUGUAUUUGGCUCUCUCCUCUCCAUUCCCUUAGUAGUCUGCUGCAGAAUCCGGGCUUUAGUCGUUACCUUCCCCCCCCUCCCCCAACUUCCACCUACCAGCCCGCAUCAGCCCUGUGCCAUUCAUUCUCUAUGUUCCUCGGGCAGCCUGGGACAUUGGGUUGCUGCAUGUCUAGAGAGAGGAGGAGGAGGAAGUCAUGGGCUGGAUGUGAAGUCCAAGAGGCUGCGGUGUUCUUCUUUGUUUCUCUGAGAAACUUUAGGGCUUUAAAAAAAAAAACAACCCCGGGAUGCACGUGCUUCAAAUGCGAGCAGAUGUCCUGCAGGAAUGGUAGCUCCCAGUAUGCGCAGGCUGGGUUGUGUGUGUCAUGCUGAAAAACAGAUCUGUUUCCCUUCUUGCAUAAGCAUUUGUGUGUAGCCAGGGCUUUGGUCAUUAAUGCAUGUUUGCCCCUUACUGAUCGCCAUCUGUGAAGGAAGCACAGUGGAUGAAUGGAUGAAGCUCACACAUUGCAACUGCGAAUCAUCAAGUAUUGUUCCUUUGCUGAACUGCAUGCACGUGUCUCUAAGGGAGCCCACCACACAAUGCAGCCAGCCGGUGCUCGAUCAAAACCGAGGUCUGUAAGGGUGCCUCCUAAUGAGGGAGAAAACCCAAACUACCUUCUGAAUUCGAGUGCUUUUCUGCACCCUGGGCAGGCAAAGGUCUUUCCUGUACCAUUAAGGGAGAGAUCACCUCUGGGAGGAAGGUUGCACUAUCAGGUGGGUAGUACCUUACUAAUCUUACUCCAGCAGGGUUACAGGAAGACCCUCUCAUAGGAUAGGAAACAC